AUGCAUACGGAGCACCCUAGUAUUGAUGGCACCGCAAGACCCUCACCUGAAAAUUACCCCGACGACGUUCCUGAUCAGUUAUGUACCCUUUACUUUAAAGGUUUGGUAAGUGAGGAGAACUCGUUGGCCGGAUUUGGAGUUGCAAUAUUUGGGAACAAAGAUGAUAUCUUGUUUCAGAUGAAAGGACCAAUCCAUCAUGACUCCACAAUAACAGUGUUGGAGGCUGAGGUUAUCGCAUUGAUGAGAGGACUAACCGAAGCUGCCAGUAUGGGGAUCACUCAUAUCUCAAUCUACUGUGAUUAUUAUCCAGUUUACGAAUUUGUCAUGGGAAGAUACAUACCAGAGAAUAACAAAACUGCCUUGCUAAUGAUGGAUGUACAACGUAUCAGAUUAGCAUUUAUAUCGAGCUUUCCGAUUUUCGUGGAGGGAACUACCAAGGUUACACUAAAAAAAACUUGCAAUAUCUGUUUAGAUGAUGCUAUUAACGCUGAUGAGAUGUUUUGUGUCGAUAAAUGUCGUCAUCGAUUGUGUUGCGAGUGUAUGAAACGACAUAUAGAGGUGAGGCUACGACUUGAGGGAAGUGUGAUUAGAUGUCCUCACUAUCGCUGCAAGUCUAAGUUGACUUUUGGAAGCUGUGUCGAUCUUUUGACACCUAAGCUAAGAAAGAUGUGGCAACGAAGGAUCAAAGAGGACACGAUUCCUAUAACACAGAGAAUUUAUUGCCCAAACCCGAGGUGCUCGGCUUUAAUGUCGAUUAAAGAAGCUGGAGUUUGGAUAUACUUCUCUAAAUUUACAAAAGAAGCUAGAGUUAGAAGACGAUGCUUCGAAUGCGGUCAACUCCUUUGCAUUAAAUGUAAAGUUCCGUGGCAUAGUGACUUGUCGUGCGACGAUUACAAGAAAUUGGGUCCAAAUCGUACAGCUGAUGAUAUGCUCAAAGCUUUAGCGAAUAAGAAAUUGUGGCGUCAAUGUGAAAAGUGCAAACACAUGAUUGAACUUUUAGAAGGGUGCAUCAAAGUAACCUGCAGAUGUGGACAUAUGUUUUGCUACAAAUGUGGAACGUCUAAGGCUGGAGCUUGCCGUCAUGGUAUUUUCCAUAUGUAUCUCCCAACGCCAUAUUAA